GGGAAUAUAAUUAUUAGUUAAAAUUUACAUGGAAGCACUGGAUAAAUUGAGAAUUGAGUCAAAUUCCAAAUAUACUAAGCAAUUAGCUAAAGAUGAGAUAGUGAUGUUCUCUGAGAAAGUUAUGAAAAUUAAUAGGCAUGGAAUCCCUCAGGAGAGAAUAUUAGUUCUCACAACAACCCAUCUUUAUGUAUUCAAAUAAGUACAAGCAGUCCAGAAAGACUCACAUAAUUCUCUUUGAUUGAGCUAUUCUGAGAGCACCUUCGAUUGAUGAUGAUUCUCAAAAGAAUCAGGUUGUUUUACAUUGUCCAUCAGAGUUUGAUCAGCGAUAUGACAUCAAAGAUCGAGAUAGUUUUCUGUCAGUUCUCCAACUCAGGUUUGCAAAUAUGGAUAGAAGGCAUACUUUCAGAAUUUAUGAAGUCAACGAUAACUUAAAAAUGUAUACAACAACAUUGAAAGACAGAAAAUAUGGCUUGAUAAAGCUUCCUCCAGAGAAAUGAAGGUGUCCAGACAAAGAAAUAGCUUGCUCUGAUGAAUACAAAGAAGAAGAGGAUGAGACCUACAACUCUGAAGAAGAUAAUGAGAGCAAGACUAACUCUGAGUCUGAACCAGAGGUACCUGAUGAGCGCAGGUCAAAGUCCAUUGUUGGAAAUAUCCCUGCGCAAAAUUCAAGAACCUCUGUUAAUGCUAUAAAGCAAACUUUGCUUGAUAAGGAAGCGAGGUUUAAUCCUGAUGAUCUUGUGAGAAGGGAAUCAUUGAUGAUAUUCCAGUCUGCCAUGCAGCCUGAACCAUUAACUUUGGAUGAUUUUGAAAUCACAGAUUUCCUGGGACAAGGAACAUUUGGAAAGGUUUAUCUUACCCAGCUAAAAAGUACUGGUGAAAAGUAUGCUAUUAAAUGAAUAGACAGAGAUAUCCUCAUUGAGUAUGAGCAGGAGGAGAAUACCAAGCUGGAGGAGCAGAUCCUCCUCUCCUGAGAUCACGAGUUCGUUCUUGGAAUGGAUUUCGUCUUUGAAAAUGAGAAAACCAUUUAUUUCGUCAUGCCUUAUGUUAAAGGUGGUGAACUAUAUAGUCAGCUUAAGGCAGUCAAGAGAUUUCCUGAAGAAGUUGUCAAAUUUUAUGCAAUCCAACUUAUCAUGGGUGUAGGAUACCUUCAUGAGAACGGAAUCAUACAUAGAGACCUUAAGCUGGAGAAUAUUCUUAUUGGUGAAGAUGGUUAUCUCAAAAUAAUCGAUUUUGGCCUUGCAAAGAUUUUAAAAAAUGAGGAAGAAACCAUGACAUUCUGAGGAACCCCUGAAUAUCUCUCUCCUGAAGUCAUUGGGAAUAAAGGUCAUCACAAAGCAGUUGAUUGGUGGGCAGUUGGAGUUCUCAUUUAUGAAAUGCUUAUUGGAGUAACUCCAUUUUAUAAUAGAAACAGGAAUAAAAUGCUCGUGAAAAUACAAUUUUCAAAAGUAGUCUUUCCUGAUAAAUCGAAGUAUAAAAUUGAUUAUUCCGAGGAAGUGCAAGAUUUUAUCUUAAGACUUCUUGUGAAAGACAAAGAUAAGAGACUUGGCACUGAGAGGGAUAAGGAGGAACUUUUUGAGCAUGCUUGGUUUAAAGAUGUAGAUAUUGAUGGAAUCAUUAAUAAAGCAGUCAAGCCUCCAUUUAUACCUUAGAAUAAAUGCAAAUUUUACCAUUUUCGAGUGAAACA